ACCGAGCAGAGAGCCCAGGGAGCCUCUUCCAUCCUGGUUUCCAGUUGUUGUCCUGGAGGUGGGAGCGUGGCCGAGACUGGGGAGUGGCAGGUGGGGAACAGCAGUGUGGACAGGAAGGGGCCAAUUCAGCCCCUGGGGGAUGCUGCCGGAGUGGGAAGCUUGACUGAAUGGGGAACCCCAGGCAGGGGUUGGGCCAGCAAACCUGGGUUCUUGGUCCCUAUGGGUCUGAUGGGGAUGGGACUAUGUGUCCAUCUGUGCUUCCAGGUACCAGUGAUGGACAAUUCCUCAGGCCUCCUGAAUCCACUGGCUUCCCCGGCCCUCCUGGUCGUGGCUUCAUCCUCAGAAGCGCCCCGGGGCCCCAGUCCCCCUUGCCCACAGCCACAUCCCUUCGGGGUGCCCGUGAACCUGGACAAGCCAGCCCAGGUGCCCUUCCUGGGAACCAGCUACUCCCUCAUGUAUUCACCCCCCGAGCACCCAGGCCGAGAGUACCCAUCCCCGCUGCUGCCCCUGACCUUUGGCCCCCCUAGCCUAGAGCAGGCAGCAGUGGGCAUGCUGGGCUAUGGCGCUCUGUAUCCUUUCACCCCAUUCCCCCUGCCUGAGGAACUGGGCAGCUUCCUGGGAGCCAAGCAGCUGAAGAGCCAGUACCUGGUGCUGGAGAAGGACCCGAAGGAUCAGAGGGAUCUUGGGACGAGGGAGCCAGGGCCAGGCUUGGCCAGCCUCAGUCUCAGACCCUUCCAGGCAUCCUCUGGUUCCCGGCUCUCUCAGAGCAAGAAAGGAGACAAGAAAUUGGAUGGCUUCCCCUGGCGCUGCCCCUUGUGCCAGCAUGAGCUGCUCGGUGGGCACCUAGAGGCGCACCUGCAGUAUGAGAUGGAGGGUCUCACCCACCUCCUGGACAGGGAGGCAGAGCCAGCCUCAGGGGAGGAUGCUCCCGGCCUGUCCCAGUCUCCCCCCGGGGCAGAGGACAGGAGGCCGGCUUCGCCGUAUGGUGCCCAGCCGAUCAGCGGAGGUGGACACAAAGAGGACAGACAGCAGACCUUCUUACAAGUCAAGUCCAACCGGGAGGCUCGUUUGGGAGCCCGAGUCAGCCGAUGCAAGCGAAUAAGGUCCAGUCUGGAUGACCAGGUGGAGUGCCCACUGCCUAGGGGUUCCAGGGCAGGUGAGGCAGAGGACGAACUUUCAGAGGGCAGCCGCUGUGGGGACGAUGAGUACCAGGCCCUAGGGAAGAGUUUCCUGGGCAUGAAAGGUGGCAGACUACAGGCCACACCCUGCAGCAGCUCAAGCCGGGACAGCGAUGGGGAUCUGGACUCAGAGGGCGAGGACGACCCUCCGAAGUAUCUUCUGUGCCCACUGGCACCCAAAGAUCCCCUUGGGAGGGAGGAAGGAGCUGGUGGGAGGGCCGAGGACCAGGCCACUCUCUCCUCCCUGGAGAUACUACAAGCCCAGGUCCGGGAGCUGACCCAUAGGCUGCUCCGCACAGAUGCUUACAAGUGCCACAUCUGCCUGGAUUCCUAUUCCGUGCCCCUGGCCUCCAUCCAGUGCUGGCACAUCCACUGUGAGCUCUGCUGGCUUCGUACUCUGGGCUCCAAGAAGCUAUGUCCUCAGUGUAACACAAUCACCUCCCCUGCGGACCUCCGUCGCGUGUACUUGUGACCUCCUCAGCUCUACUCAGCCACCUGCAGAGGACACAGGGAGAAGAUGGGGUGCUGAGGAUGGAGGGUGGAAUUCCCCUGCUCCGUAGCUCUCUCCAACCUACAGGAUGGUGUGCACAGUCCCAGCUGAGAGAUGAUGCCCCAGUGGCUCCUCUCCCUCCUCUGUAACUCCAGGAUCCCCAUGUGCGACAGGUUCUCAGCUUUCCCAUUCCUCCCGUCUCUCCUCUGCUCCAAUUUUGCCAUCCAAUAAA